AGCUCCCGGAGCCGCACAGCCCCGCGCCCGCGCCAGCGCCAGCGCCCGCAGCCCAGCUCGCGGUCCACACGUCGCGAUUCGGGCUCGGAGCUCCGGACUCCAAGUUCGCCGCCUCCCGGGCCGGCUCCGCGCCGCGCACUCUCCGCGCCCCGCGCCCGGCGCCCGGGCGGGCGGAGCGCAGCAUGCCGCAGCUGGACUCGGGCGGGGGCAGCGCGGGCGGCGGCGACGACCUCGGCGCGCCGGACGAGCUGCUGGCCUUCCAAGACGAGGGCGAGGAACAGGACAAGAGCCGCGACAGCGCCGCGGGCCCCGAGCGCGACCUGGCCGAACUCAAGUCGUCGCUCGUUAAUGAAUCCGAGGGUGCGGCUGGCGGCGCGGUGGUCGCGGGGGCCGAGGCCGAGGUCCGGGCGGAGGCGCUUGGGCGGGAACACACUUCGCAGAGACUUUUCUCGGACAAACUUCCAGAGUCCCUGGAAGAUGGCCUGAAGGCCCCUGAGUGCGCUAGCGGCAUGUACAAAGAGACAGUCUACUCAGCCUUCAAUCUGCUUAUGCACUACCCACCCCCCUCCGGAGCAGGACAGCACCCCCAGCAGCAGCCCCCGCUGCAUAACAAGGCCAAUCAGUCCCCUCACGGCGUCCCCCAGCUUUCUCCUCUCUAUGAACAUUUCAGCAGUCCACAUCCCACACCUGCACCUGCAGACAUCAGCCAGAAGCAAGUUCACAGACCCCUGCAGACUCCUGAUCUCUCUGGUUUCUACUCGCUAACCUCAGGCAGCAUGGGACAGCUUCCCCACACUGUGAGCUGGUUCACCCAUCCAUCCCUGAUGCUAGGCUCCGGAGUACCUGGCCACCCAGCCGCCAUCCCCCACCCAGCCAUUGUGCCCCCCUCAGGGAAGCAGGAGCUGCAGCCCUAUGACCGCAGUUUGAAGACCCAGGCAGAGACCAAGGUCGAGAAGGAGACCAAGAAGCCCACAAUCAAGAAGCCUCUAAAUGCCUUCAUGCUGUACAUGAAGGAGAUGAGAGCCAAAGUCAUUGCAGAGUGCACGCUCAAGGAAAGCGCCGCCAUUAACCAGAUCCUAGGACGAAGGUGGCACGCACUGUCUCGGGAAGAGCAAGCCAAGUAUUACGAAUUGGCCCGAAAAGAGAGGCAGCUGCACAUGCAGCUCUACCCAGGCUGGUCAGCGCGGGACAAUUAUGGAAAGAAAAAGAGGCGUUCAAGGGAAAAGCACCAAGAGUCUAACACAGGAGGAAAAAGAAAUGCAUUCGGUACUUACCCGGAGAAGGCCGCUGCCCCAGCCCAGUUCCUUCCGAUGACAGUGCUCUAG